AUGGUGAAUUUUGUGAAACCCGGGCUUCUCGGCACUAAAACAGAGUUUGCCAAUAGAUUUGCCAAUAUUAUCAUGCGCGGCCGCGUGAAGGAUGCUACACCAUUGGAAGUAAAGUUCAUGAAGAGGCGAUGUCACGUUUUGUUUGAACAUUUGAAGAAAUGCGUUGAUGUAAGGGUUGCUAUCGUCAUUAUCUCCUACUUGAAUUUGGAAUAA